AUGUUGCAGGAUUUCUCCGACCAGAGAGAGAUGACCAAACAGCCGGCCAAUGCUCCUACCGGUUUUAACCCGUUGUACCAGCCCGAGGGAGCGGUGGGAGUUUCAGCAAAUAAACCGGAUAAUGCCCUUAACCAAACGUCCGCCGCUUACCCGGCCCCUCAGCCAGCACCAUCUAACGAGAGCAAAACUUUAUGUCCCACGGAAAAUAAACCGGGAGAACCGGGAGAAGUCAGUAAAGUCUAUGGGACUUUUAAAAACGCCGCUCCGGCGGUGCCUGGAUCCGUGGCUACGAACUCGGCCUUCUGUAAGGAUUCUACCAGCUCAGCUGGUGGUUCUGCUGCCCGGGGUAUCCCUGUCCAGUACGGGGACCCGCUUAGGGCCACCGGGGAGCAAAACAAUGCAUCGGGCAACUGGACCACCAUGAGCCAGACCACCAUCAUUCUGGGCGCAGAUGGCAACACGUCUGUUCAGCCCGGCGCCGUGACGGGGGUAAGUGGGCUCAAACGAAUUGUUUCUAUACGGGGUGGAUCGCCCAAUCAACCGGGGUCAGGAGAGCUUAGAGGAGGGUUUCUGGACUACAAGACGAACCGCGGUUUGGAGUGAAUGGUGAUCUAUAUGACAUGCAACCUGUAUUGCCUAUUAGGAUAGAGAAUUGGCUGUGGUGUUUUCGGGUCUUUCACUGAUAAGGAAGCCGAGGUGGGGGUGACGUUGCGGCUGAGGAGAAGUUGUAAUUACGGUCCCAUGGGACUUCUUCUGAGAUUGUCCAGCACUGGAGACUGCUGCUGAGGGGUGAUUUGAGAAUAUGAGCUAUAUAGCUUAUUCAAGUGAGUUUCCAUUUGCGAUGGCCAGAUGCAGUGACCAGAGGUUGCAAUUGGCUAUGAAUCAGGGUUAGAAUUCACCAAUAUAAUAGUUUCGAAGAAUUCCCAGUUAUUGUGGGAAAUGAUCAAAAUAUAGAACGAAAAAGGUAGGCUAUCUAUUUCGAUUUUCUGACCCUCUGCCUUUGGCUAGAAUAGGCUACCUAUUUGAUUCAAUUAUGUCAACAAAAGUUGGUCUAAAACGUCAUCCUGAAAGUGCUGAAUGGACAGAAUCUUCCCACUGCAGUGAGAUAAAGGAAUAGGCCUACUGUAAGAUGGUUGUUUGUGUAUCAGCAUACAGUAAUGGUAUAUCCCCCGCACUGCGCUGCUCCGUGUGUCAGGUAUAGCUAGAAAGAGGGAUAGAAAUCAUGCUCUCUCGGGAUUGGUCUCGGUAAACCCAUGACAGCGCUUGGUAAUGGGUUACAUAAGGCUGCGGACUCUGCCCAUUGUUCCAAUCCCCGCGAGGGCAUUCCUCGCCACUCUCCCCUCCUCUCACUCGGGUCUCCUCUCCCGCCCGCGCGCCUGCCUGACAGUGUUCCAUUGAUAAGCUUGGUCUCGUCUCCCUCUACCCCUCUUGGCGCGGAAUCAGAAAUGAGGACAUUUGAAUUAUCUGUAUUUAUGAAUAUUCAUAUGAAUUUGUCCUGUCAUGUUUUAAAAUGCUCGCAUCAAUCAAAUAGUGUUAUUCCCGUGAUUAUUAUGUGUGUUGAAGCGGGCUGUAUUUGUAUUUUCUGACUGUUGCAAAUAGCCUAUACUUGUGGCUAAUUUGAUAGAUCGAAAAACGAAACGAAUCAUUCGCCCAGUAAGGCAGGGGGUUUCGGGAUCUGAGACGUUUUAAUGAUAGGCUAUACUAAAUUGAAGUCCAAUAUGGUUAUUUAAUGUACAUGAAACCUAGCACUAAAAUCCACUGUUUUCCCCAGGAGGAAGACGAGGACGAGAGUGGAGAUGAGAAUAAGGCCAGGGGAAACUGGACUAAUAAAUUGGAUUUCAUCCUGUCCAUGGUUGGCUAUGCCGUGGGACUGGGAAACGUGUGGAGGUUUCCAUACCUUGCCUUCCAAAAUGGUGGAGGUAAGGAAAGUGUUGAGUUGAGAAUGUACCUGCACUGCAAAUGUCACUAAAGUUGUAAAUGCACAAGCACCUAAAUGCGGAAAAUAAAUAACACUUAUCACAAAACGGAUCAGUGUUAUUUGACUUAGAUAUUCCAUUGCUCCACAAUGAUAGAUUUAGAUGUUUGACAUCACGCAUAAUUGAUAUGAACGAAAUUGACGAUUAAAUUAAAUUCGAGGAACAUAAUUGGAGUAAGUAGACAUAAUUGUGUUUUUAUCCUGGAUGAUUUGUAUUUUUGUUUUGCCAUUGUUUAAACAACAGUACGCUUAAUGUAUUUUAACAUUGUCAAACGAAAAUACAUUACUUUAAUUCAUUCACUUGCUAGGAUAUAUGAUUGGAGUUGAAAUUAGUGUCGAAAAACAUAUUCUUCACUUUCCUUUUUGUUUGCUUUUUCUUCUCUAAAGGAAUGGGCGACUUUUUAUGAUACGUUUUCCAAACAGUUAUAGAAAGCGUCUAGCUAACAUAUUAUUUUUCAGCGUCUAGGAGACUAGUCUUUUUCGUGGAUUUUAGUUAAAUUAUUUAGGCUUUAUGAUUGAUAAUCACUUCUGUAAAUAAAAUAUUAUUUAUAUUAUUUUAUUAUUAUUACUUGGCCUAUCUUCAUUUCAGUUUAGUUUGGUCUACACUCUAUACAUUAUUAUAUUCUAGCUAUCUAAUACAACUAAUUAGGCUACAUGCAAGGGAAGCAAAUAAGUAUAACCCAUAUAGAUAUGUCACAUUUAUUUCAUUAUUACCUGCCAUACAUAAUCUCUUUAUUCAUGAGAAAGGCAGUCGAAUUAAUUCUGUUAUAGCCUUCUUUUUACAUCAUGUAAGCCAAGUUUGAGGAAUCUCUUUUCACUUGUACCUGUGCGCUACUUUGAAAUGCUGCCCCGUUUCCCUGUGUAUAUAGGUGCUUUUUUGAUUCCCUACCUGAUAAUGUUGUGCCUCGCCGGGAUCCCUAUAUUUUUAUUGGAGGUUUCCCUGGGUCAGUUUGCCAGCCAGGGCCCGGUGUCCGUGUGGAAAGCCAUCCCGGCUCUGCAAGGUAAACUGCGCAUAUACAGGCUGCGAUCCAAACUCAUAAAGUAACAUAUUUAAAACGUGUAACAUACACUACCUUCAGAAAAAAUGAUAACUACCUAUUUGAUAUAAUAUAAUUACUUUUGAUCAAGCUCCUCUGCCUGCUUAAGAGUAAUUUAUAUAUUUCGUCUCAUUUAUUUAUUUUAGGUUGCGGGAUUGCCAUGUUGAUAAUAUCUGUCUUGAUAGCCAUAUACUAUAACAUUAUAAUGUGCUGGACACUGUACUACCUGUUCGCUUCGUUGAAGGGCUCACUGCCUUGGGCUAACUGUAAGAACGAGUGGAACACGUUUGACUGUAAGGACAAAGACAUGCUUCUCUUAGGUAAGACCACAAUGCGCCAGAACGCACACACACUCUCAUGCAUGCGCACACACACACAUACUCACCAUUGCGCAAUGCGCAACGCACCCAUCAGCUAAGGUCCCUGUCUGUAACCUGCCCUAUAGUGUAGAGUGACCGGCUAUUCUAAGCAUUGUUUUCUAGUUUCAUAUACAUCAAAAAGUGCUGCUUUUGCUUACUAGGUUUAUUAUAUUGAUUUGUAUAUUUCUUCUGUGGGUCUCAAGUUAUUUUUUCAACUGUGUGUAGGCUUUUCUGAUUAUAUCUUUAUUCUACUCUAAACAUAUCAUGAGCAAAAAGCAGUUAUACAAAAUAUGAAUUUUCAAUAAGGUGUAGGCUAAGUAGACAAAUUCGUUUUGCACUGUUGCAAUUAUGAUUCAUUGUUUUUUUAGGGUUGCAUUGGGUUACAAUAAUGUUUUUUAAAAAGAUCAAUCGCUAAAAGAAAGGCUCGCAGUAUGACCGGAAUAUUUACUCCCAGUUGCAAGGAAAAAAUCGAAAUUUGAUUAAGAAAAUGCCAUUUUUGUCUAUUGCAUUUGAGUGAAUUCAGCACAAAAGUUGCUUGCUUGACACAUUUACUGUAGUGGAGUUGCUGCAGUGCCGCAGUGUGCGCCAGACCGCCCUCUCUUGGUCAUAGUAAGAGUUACAGUAACUGUACUCUCCCUGGUCUCUCUCCUCUGUAUCCUUGUGUAGAAUGUAUGCUGUGUCAACCCGUAGCUUUCAUUGGUAAUACAACAAACGUAUGAUGAUUAUACAAAGCGAAAUUAGAUCUACUCUUUGUCAAACGUGCUGAACGUUUCAACGUUUAUUCUAAGCGUAAAAUACAUUUGAUAUCAUCUGAAAAAAUAUUGGGGAAAAGGUUAUUUCAUAAUUUUCUUUUUUUUUAACAGUUUUGUUACAAGAAAAAUAACCAUUACACAUAUAAAACAUGCUUCAUCCAUACAGUGGGUGAAUGGCUUUCAUCUGAGAAUAGAGGACAUUUCCUGUAAUGGGUAUAAAGUACAGUAAUAUGUAAAGUACGGUAAAGCAUGGCAGAGAUCACUGUUUUCGGUGUAUGAACCAGUGAGCUGGGCAAGUAUCUAUUCUACAUUAUACCCACCACCUGAGAAAACUGUGAGAGUUGAUACAGUUUUAAAGACAGAUUAUAAAGAUGUCUGUCUGUCCCUGUUGAGAUGUAUUUUUUUCUCUGAUUCGAUACAGUGUAUGUAAACCUGUCUGUCUGUCCUGGUUGACAUAUGUUGGUUUCUGGUUGUGACAGACACGUGUAUCCUUCAUGAUAAAAACUUCACCUCUAUAAAGAACAGCUCGUUCUGUCUGUCGGCUCAAGCCAUUGGAAACCUGACCAAACUGGUUAACAUGACCUAUCCGGAUAACAAAACCUACGUCAGCCCCAGCGAGGAGUACUUCAAGUAAGUCAAAUCAACGUUUAUUUGUCAUAUGCACAGGAUAUAGUGUAGUGUACACAGCUCUCAUCGCAAACAAUACAGCAGCUAAAAAAGUAUUCAAUACAAAUAUUGUAAAAAAAAUAUAUUUAAAAAAUAAAACUUUCAUCAGAGUUACAGAGAGGUUCUAUGUUUGAAGUAGGCCUGCUGGUUGAUGAUGCUUGUGAUUUCUCAUACUAUACUGUAAAUGUUGGUUUCCUUUCUAACAGAAUUAGGCCACAGUUAUUGGGCUGUAUAGACACAGUUGUUUCCCGCUAUUGAUUGAUAUGUUGGAAUAAUAAAUGUCAGAUCUGAAAUAACAGUUUUAUGUGACUGGGAAAUAACUCUCUCUCUCUCUCUCUCUCUCUCUCUCUCUCUCUCUCUCUCUCUCUCUCUCUCUCUCUCUCUCUCUCUCUCUCUCUCUCUCUCUCUCUCUCUCUCUCUCUCUCUCUCUCUCUCUCUCUCUCUCUCUCUCUCUCUUCCCCCCCCCCCCCCCCCAAUAGGUACAAUGUCUUACACAUCUCCAAAGGGAUAGAGUACCCUGGAGACAUCCGCUGGCCCCUCGCAGGCUGCCUGUUGCUGGCCUGGUUGAUAGUCUACCUCUCCCUGGCCAAAGGAAUCAAGUCAUCAGGGAAAGUAAGAGAAAUCUCUCUCUCUUCCCCCUUUCACUCGCUAUCUGCUCAUGUGGUACCUCCUUUAGCCACCAGGGAGUGGACUUGUAUAAUUUCCCCCUGUGAAAUUUACAUUUUCGUUUACAUUUACGUCAUUUAGCGACUUACAAAUUGGUGCAUUCAACUUAUGAUUGCCAGUGGGACAACCACUUUUUUUAUGGGGGGGGGGGGGGGAGGAUUACUUUUAUACUAUUCCAGGUAUUCCUUAAAGAGGUAGGGUUUCAAGUGUCUCCGGAAGGUGGUCAGUGACUCCGCUGUCCUGGCGUCGUGGGGGAACUUAUUCCACCAUUGGGGUGCCAGAGCAGCGAAUAGCUUUGACUGGGCUGAGCGGGAACUGUGCUUCCGUAGAGAUAGGGGGGCUAGCAGGCCAGAGGUGGAUGAACGUAGUGCCCUCGUUUGGGUGUGAUCAGAGCCUGAAGGUAAGGAGGUGCCGUUCCGCUCACAGCUCCGUAGGCAAGCACCAUGGUCUUGUAGUAGAUGCGAGCCUCAACUGGAAGCCAGUGGAGUGUGCGGAGGAGCGGGGUGACAUGAGAGAACUUGGGAAGGUUGAACACCAGACGGGCUGCAGCGUUCUGGAUAAGUUGUAGGGGUUUAAUGGCACAGGCAGGGAGCCCAGCCAACAGCGAGUUGCAGUAAUCCAGACGGGAGAUGACAAGUGCCUGGAUUAGGACCUGUGCCGCUUUCUGUGUAAGGUAGGGUCGUACUCUGCGAAUGUUAUAGAGCAUGAACCUGCAGGAUCGGGUCACCGCUUUGAUGUUAGCGGAGAACGACAGGGUGUUGUCCAGGGUCACGCCAAGGUUCUUUGCACUCUGGGAGGAGGACACAAUGGAGUUUUCAACCGUGAUGGCGAGAUCAUGGAGCGGGCAGUCCUUCCCCGGGAGGAAGAGCAGCUCCGUCUUGCCGAGGUUCAGCUUGAGGUGGUGAUCCGACAUCCACACUGAUAUGUCUGCCAGACAUGCAGAGAUGCGAUUUGCCACCUGGUUAUCAGAAGGGGGGAAAGGAGAAAAUGAAUUGUGAAAUCCCAGAACCAUAAAAAAAAAGUGUGUAGUUCUGUGAAUUCUUAUGUAAUGUUGCCCACUAGUGGGUUUGUUAUUGAACUAAAAGUGUUGAAUCAGUGCACUUAUCACACAACCUGCUUACUCUCCCUUCAUUUCGCUCUCCCUCUCCCCUCUCCUAGGUGGUGUAUUUCACAGCUACGUUCCCCUAUGUGGUUCUGGUCAUUCUGUUGUUCAGAGGAGUGACCCUCCCAGGGGCUGGUGACGGCAUCCUCUACUUCAUCACACCCAAGUGGGAGAAACUCAAUGAUGCUAAGGUAUACAUACACACACGUAAGUGCGCACAGGCACACAAAUAGAUUCACAUACACAUGCGUGCACACACACAUUUCUCUGCCCAUCCCUCUCUCUAACAGUGAGUGUGAAUGUGUGUGUGUUACUCUAGGUGUGGAAGGAUGCUGCCACCCAGAUCUUCUUCUCUCUGUCAGCAGCCUGGGGAGGCCUCAUCACACUGUCCUCUUACAACAAGUUCCACAACAACUGCUACAGGUAAGCACUUCUCACUGUGCUGCUUAACAGCUUCGAUUCCCUGGGAGUUAUCUCGAAUCCUCUGUCUCGUAAUCACACGUGACCGCCCUCUUGACAACAUCUUAGCCAGCUGUGCCACCGUAAAGCUAGCAACUCAAUGGUGCGGGUAGAGACAUUUCAAACUGAGGAGUGAGGUUACCAAUCCAAAUCCGUUACAUACGGGUAAAUAAGAAGUUGUAUCACGAUAUUCACAAUAUUACGUUUUCCAUGGCAAAAAUAAAACACGAUGCAGACUCAAAUUGGUGUAAUCACAGCAAUCUGCUUGAUGUAACAUACUGUGUUAUGUAGCUUUGAAAGUAAACACGUGACUCUAUGACAACAUACGGUUGUUUUAGCAAUAGUCGUCAAAAUGUAGAAAAGGUCAAAAGUACAGUUCUGAUAAAUGUAACAGCUGUAUGAUGGAGUAAGAUACUAAGAAAAUCUAUGAAAUGUUGACUGCACAUAAACCAUUAUAUAACUACAUCAGAAUGAUAAUAUAUAUAUAUAUAUAAAUAUAUACCAUUUAGCAGAUGCUGUUAUCCAAAGUGACUUACAGUCAUGCAUGCAUACAUUUCACGUAUGGGUGGUUCCAGGAAUCAAACCCACUAUCUUGGCAUUGCAAGCGUCUUGCUCUACCACGUAAGCUACAGAGGACAAUGAAUGAGAGACAUUAAAUCAAUAAUAUCCAGGAAUUGUGGUGGGAAUUCAGGUAUUGUCAACUAUUUUAAAAUUAUAUUUUCUGAAACAACACAUGCCAAAAAUGUUUUACUAUACAAUUGCAAUCAACAGGCAGAAUUCAACACGGAGCUGUGUGUUAGAGUUGGAUUUCUUAAAACAUUACUAAUGGGAGAUUACAUGCACCUGUGUGUUAAAACAAACACAAACAAACACACACUUUAAACCCCCUAUGCUCCUUUGAGACCCCUCUUUCAAAGCCACUGAGAUCUCUUCUAGCCAUGGUAGCCAAAAUAAUGGGCAACUGGGUAUUUUUAUACAUGACCCUAAGCAUUAUGGGAUGUUAAUUGCUUAAUUAACUCAGGAACCACACCUGUGUGGAAGCACCUGGUUUCAAUAUACUUUGUAUCCAGGGCUUUAAAUGAAUAAAAAACUUUGGUAGCACCAGACGAUAUAUAUAUAUAUAUAUAUAUAUAUAUAUAUACAGUGGGGAAAAAAAGUAUUUAGUCAGCCACCAAUUGUGCAAGUUCUCCCACUUAAAAAGAUGAGAGAGGCCUGUAAUUUUCAUCAUAGGUACACGUCAACUAUGACAGACAAAAUGAGAUUUUUUUUCUCCAGAAAAUCACAUUGUAGGAUUUUUUAUGAAUUUAUUUGCAAAUAUUGUGGAAAAUAAGUAUUUGGUCAAUAACAAAAGUUUCUCAAUACUUUGUUAUAUACCCUUUGUUGGCAAUGACACAGGUCAAACGUUUUCUGUAAGUCUUCACAAGGUUUUCACACACUGUUGCUGGUAUUUUGGCCCAUUCCUCCAUGCAGAUCUCCUCUAGAGCAGUGAUGUUUUGGGGCUGUCACUGGGCAACACAGACUUUCAACUCCCUCCAAAGAUUUUCUAUGGGGUUGAGAUCUGGAGACUGGCUAGGCCACUCCAGGACCUUGAAAUGCUUCUUACGAAGCCACUCCUUCGUUGCCCGGGCGGUGUGUUUGGGAUCAUUGUCAUGCUGAAAGACCCAGCUACGUUUCAUCUUCAAUGCCCUUGCUGAUGGAAGGAGGUUUUCACUCAAAAUCUCACGAUACAUGGCUCCAUUCAUUCUUUCCUUUACACGGAUCAGUCGUUCUGGUCCCUUUGCAGAAAAACAGCCCCAAAUCAUGAUGUUUCCACCCCCAUGCUUCACAGUAGGUAUGGUGUUCUUUGGAUGCAACUCAGCAUUCUUUGUCCUCCAAACACGACGAGUUGAGUUUUUACCAAAAAGUUAUAUUUUGGUUUCAUCUGACCAUAUGACAUUCUCCCAAUCCUCUUCUGGAUCAUCCAAAUGCACUCUAGCAAACUUCAGACGGGCCUGGACAUGUACUGGCUUAAGCAGGGGGACACGUCUGGCACUGCAGGAUUUGAGUCCCUGGCGGCGUAGUGUGUUACUGAUGGUAGGCUUUGUUACUUUGGUCCCAGCUCUCUGCAGGUCAUUCACUAGGUCCCCCCGUGUGGUUCUGGGAUUUUUGCUCACCGUUCUUGUGAUCAUUUUGACCCCACGGGGUGAGAUCUUGCGUGGAGCCCCAGAUCGAGGGAGAUUAUCAGUGGUCUUGUAUGUCUUCCAUUUCCUAAUAAUUGCUCCCACAGUUGAUUUCUUCAAACCAAGCUGCUUACCUAUUGCAGAUUCAGUCUUCCCAGCCUGGUGCAGGUCUACAAUUUUGUUUCUGGUGUCCUUUGACAGCUCUUUGGUCUUGGCCAUAGUGGAGUUUGGAGUGUGACUGUUUGAGGUUGUGGACAGGUGUCUUUUAUACUGAUAACAAGUUCAAACAGGUGCCAUUAAUACAGGUAACGAGUGGAGGACAGAGGAGCCUCUUAAAGAAGUAGUUACAGGUCUGUGAGAGCCAGAAAUCUUGCUUGUUUGUAGGUGACCAAAUACUUAUUUUCCACAAUAAUUUGCAAAUAAAUUCAUUAUAAAUCCUACAAUGUGAUUUUCUGGAUUUUUUUUUCUCAAUUUGUCUGUCAUAGUUGACGUGUACCUAUGAUGAAAAUUACAGGCCUCUCAUCUUUUUAAGUGGGAGAAUUUGCACAAUUGGUGGCUGACUAAAUACUUUUUUUCCCCACUGUAUAUAUAUAUAUAUAUAUAUAUAUAUAUAUAUAUAUAUAUAUAUAUAUAUACAGUACCAGUCAAAGUUUGGACACAACUACUCAAAGGUUUUCCUUUAUUUUUUACUAUUUUCUACAUUGUAGAAUAAUAGUGAAGACAUCAAAACUAUGAAAUAACACAUAUGGAAUCAUGUAGUAAAGAAAAAAGUGUUAAACUAAUCAAAAUAUAUUUUAUAUUUGAGAUUCUUCAAAUAGCCACCCUUUGCCUUGAUGACAGCUUUGCACACUCUUGGCAUUCUCUCAACCAGCUUCACGUGGAAUGUUUUUCCAACAGUCUUGAAGGAGCUGCUUUUCCUUCACUCUGCGGUCCAACUCAUCCCAAACUCAAUUGGGUUGAGGUUGGGUGAUAUUGGAGGCCAGGUAAUCUGAUGCAGCACUCCAUCACUCUCCUUCUUGGUCAAAUAGCCCUUACACAGCCUGGAGGUGUAUUGGGUCAUUGUCCUGUUGAAAAACAAGCGUGUAUCGCCGCUAAGCGCGUAUUGCUGCAGAAUGCUGUGGUAGCCAUGCUGGUUAAGUAUGUCUUUGAAUUCUAAAUAAAUCACUGACAGUGUCACCAGCAAAGCACACCAUCACACCUCCUCCUCCGUGCUUCACGGUGUGAACCACACAUGCGGAGAUAAUCUGUUCACCUACUCUGCGUCUCACAAAGACAUGGUGGUUGGAACCAAAAAUCUCAAAUUUGGACUCAUCAGACCAAAGGACAGAUUUCCACCAGUCUAAUGUCCAUUGCUCAUGUUUCUUGGCACAAGGAAGUCUCUUCUGCUUAUUGCUGUCCUUUAGUAGUGGUUUCUUUGCAGCAAUUCGACCAUGAAGGCCUGACUCACGCAGUCUCCUCUGAACGGUUGAUGUUGAGAAGUGUCUGUUACUUGAACUCUGUGAGGCAUUUAUUUGGGCUGGUAACUCUAAUUAAAUGAUCCUCUGCAGCAGAGGUAACUCUAGGUCUUCCAUUCCUGUGGCAGUCCUCAUGAGAGCUGAUUGGCUCAAACGCAUUAAGAAGGAAAGGAAUUCCACAAAUGUACUUUUAAGAGGGCACACCUGUUAAUUGAAAUGCAUUACAGGUGACUACCUCAUGAAGCUGGUUGAGAGAAUGCCAAGAGUGUGCAAAGCUGUCAUCAAGGCAAAGGGUGGUUAUUUGAAGAAUCACAAAUAUAAUAAAUAUUUUGAUUUGUUUAACACUACCACUCAAAAGUUUGGACACACAAGGGUUUUUCUUUAUAUUUUAAAAUAUUUGAUUUUGUAGAAUGAUAGUGAAGACAUCAAAAUUAUGUAAUAACACAUAUGGAAUAAUGUAGUAACCAAAAAAGUGUCAAACAUAUCAAAAUAUAUUUUAUAUUGGACAUUCUUCAAAUUGCCACCCUUUGCCUUGAUGACAGCUUUGCACACUCUUGGCAUUCUCUCAUAUCCUCAAGUGUUUCCAUUAUUUUGGCAAUUACCUGUAUCUUAUCCUGCUGGCAAGGUUUGUAGACUUUAGAAAAGAAAGCAAUAACUAAAUGUACUGAAUAAGACUCACAUUCCAUUCAGUCUUUUACCCAGAGUUUAGCAGAGAUGCAGAGAAGCAUAUUACAUUUUUAUUUUUUUUAACAGCUCAAUAGGUAUGCUUAGAUAUGCAGAAAAAUAUACAUAUUUUUGACAUAGAAUUAAGCAUACUGAUUAUGGCUCUAGAUUGCAGGAAAAAGCUGUUUCAGGUUUUUGAAAAUACAAAAUUCUCUAUGCCCCCUUAGAUUUUUUGUGUGCAUGACGUCCCUGAUUGUGCAACUCAAGAGUCUGGAGGUGUUUCUGUACUGCAUGUGCAAUAGCAGAGUUUGCUAAAUGAAAGACCACCCGAGUGAUACAAAUCAUCAGUUAUUAAUAUUUAAUUUGGAAGGCUUUAUGGAAAAGACUGUUUCAGCAUCGCUAACUGGCUACACAAAGUGGUAGACACAGGCAUUCCCAUGCCGUUACGUCUUCAGAAAGUGUCAAGAAAUACAAAUAACUAAUGCAUUCUUUAAUAUUCUUUACAUGUAGGCUUUGGAUUGAACGAAUCUGCACUCACUUUUUUCUCUAGGGCACUCGGAAACAACUGCACAGUGAAGCCUAUCAUUACAAUAAUUAUUAUCUGGGUGAUGUUUUUCCUGGUCGCACUGGUGCUCCCAAAAUAAAAGGUCAGGUUGCACAGCAAAAUAUCUAGGAGCAUAUGCCACCAAAAUGGCCGCUCUUUAGAGCUCUGUUUGCAUUCCUUAUUUACGGAAGUGUUUCCUUUAUUUUGGCAGUUACCUGUAUGUAGGGUAAAUUGCCACAGUAGAGUUGCCGUGGUAAAAUAGUAAUUACUUUACGAAAUGAUUGUGAAAUACAUAACUUGGCCAUGGUCUGUUCAAAUAAUAGAUUUUAUUGUUACUGAUGAUAAUACUCAGAGGGAAAAAAUAUAUUGAGAAAUGUUGGCAGCAACCAGGACUCAAAUUGAACAUCAACAUAAAGACGUUGAAAAUAUGUAUUUUAAGGACGUUGAAAAUACAGAUUUUACGGACGUUGAAAGACGUCUUUCAGUUCUAAGUGAAAGUUGAAAAUACAUUUUGCAGACAUUGAAAAUACCUCUUUCUUUGGUCAUUGUUCCGAUGGACAAAUGUAAUUAAUAUAGCAAAAUGGAGAUAUCAGUAUGGAAUAUUUAUUAGGCUGCCUGACUGAAGGUAACUGUCCCGUUGAAAACAGCUGGAGUAUCCAUGGUGACACAAUAGUCAAUAGAAUUGGAUGAGCUAGCCACAAAAGGCUUCCUGAUUGGAUUCAAAGUGCCCAAGAAUGUCAAGGUAACCUGCCUAAAUAACUAUCGCCCUGUAGCACUCAUAUCUACAGCCAUGUAAUACUUUGAAAGGCUGGUUUGGCUCACAUCAUCACCAUCAUCCCAGUCAACUUGGACCCACUCCAAUUUGCAUACCACCCCAACAGAUCCACAGAUGAUGGAAUCUGUAUUGCACUCCACACUGCCCUCUCCCACCUGGACAAGAGGAACACCUAUGUGAGAAAGCUGUUCAUUGACUAUAGCUCAGCAUUCAACACCAUAGUCCCCUCCAAGCUCAUCACCAAGCUCAGGAUCCUGGGACUGAACACAUCCCUCUGCAACUGGAUCCUGGACUUCCUGAUGGGCCGCCCCCAGGCGGGAAAGGGUAGGCAACAACACAUCCGCCUUGCUGACCAUCAACACUGGGGCCCCUCAGGAGUGUGUGCUCAGUGCCCUCAUGUACUCCCUGUUUACCCACGACUGUGUGGCCAGCACGACUCCAACACCAUCAUUAAGUUUGCUGAUGACACGACGGUGGGAGGACUGAUCACCGACGACGAUGAGGUAGGCUGUGAUGAGACCUGGCAGUGUGGUGCCAGGACAACAAUCUCUCCCUCAACGUCAGCAAGACAAAGGAGCUUCAAGUUCCUCGGUGUCCACAUCACUAAGGAACAUGGUCCACACACACCCACACAGUUGUGAAGAGGGCACGACAGCGCCUCUUUCCCCUCAGGAAGCUGAAAAGAUUUGGCAUGGGCUCUCAGAUCCUCAAAAAGUUAUACAGCUGCACCAUUGAGAGCAUCUUCACUGGCUGCAUCACCUCUUGGUACGGCCACUGCAAGGCAUCUGACCGCAAGGCGCUACAGAGGGUGGUGAGUACAACCCAGUAUAUCACUGGGGCCAAGCUCCCUGCCAUCCAGGAUCUCUAUACCAGGCGGUGUCAAAGGAAGGCCCAAAAAAUGGUCAAUGACUCCAGCCAACCAAGCCGUAGACUGCUCUCUCUGACCCUUUUUUGCAAUAACUCUCUUGCUCUAACUCUAUGCACACACACUGGACUCUACCCCCCCACCCACACACACACACACACACACACACACACAGGCACACACACACACACACACACACACACACACACACACUUCCGUUUCCGUUUAUUUUUUUAACCUGAAAAACUCCCCAAUCCUUAACGAUUACAAGCAUACCCAUAACAUGAUGCAGCCACCACUAUGCUUGAAAAUAUGGAGAGUGGUACUCAGUAAUGUGUUGGAUUGGAUUAGAUUUUCCCCAAACAUAACACUUUGUAUUCAGGACAAAAAGUCAAUUGUUUUGCCACAUUUUUUGCAGUAUUACUUUAGUGCCUUGUUGCAAACCGGAUGCAUGUUUUGGAAUAUUUUAAUUCUGUACAGGCCUCCUUCUUUUCACUCUGUCAAUAGUAACUACAAUGUUGUUGAUCCAUACUCAGUUUUCUCCUAUCACAGCCAUUAAACUCUGUAAUUGUUUUAAAGUCACCAUUGGCCUCAUUGUAAAAUCCCUGAUCGGUUUCCUUCCUCUCCGGCAAUGGAGUUAGGAAGGACAUCUGUAUCUUUGUAGUGACUGGGUGUAUUGAUAGUGUAAUUAAUAACUUCACCAUGGUCAAAGGGAUAUUCAAUGUCUGCAAAAAAAUUUUUAACCAAUCUACCAACGAUGCAUUGGAAAACCUCCCUUGUCUUUGUGGUUUAAUCUGUGUUUGAAAUUCACUGCUCGACUGAGGGACCUAACAGAUAAUUGUAUGUGUGGGGUACAGAGAUGAUGUAGUCAUUCAAAAAUCAUGUUAAACACUUAUAUUGCACACACUCCAUGCAACUUAUUAUGUGACUUGUUAAGCACAUUUUUACUCCUGAACUUAUUUAGGCUCGCUAUAACAAAGGGGUUGAAUACUUAUUGACUCAAGACAUUUCAACUUUUAAAUAUAUAAAUGUAUAUUUGUUAUUUUUAUUUUGAAAAACAUAAUUCCACUGUGACAUUAUGGGGUAUUGUGCGUUGGCCAGUGCAAAAAAACAAUCUCAAUUCAAUCCAUUUUUAAUUCAGGCUGUAACACAACAAAAUGUGGAAUAAGUGAAGGGGUGUGAAUACUUUCUGAAGGCACUGUACAUGUUAUUCUUUCUUGUUUUUGUUAUUCGUUAUUCACUCUGUAUUUAUGCCACAAGAUUUUUUUUUUUUUUUUUUUUUACAUUUUAGUCAUUUUAGCAGACGCUCUUAUCCAGAGCGACUUACAGUUAGUAAGUGCAUACCUUAUUUUUUUUCAUACUGGCCCCCCGUGGGAAACGAACCCACAACCCUGGCGUUGCAAGCGCCAUGCUCUACCAACUAAGCUACACUCUGCAUUGUUGGAAAAAUACCCUUAAGUAAGCAUUUCACUGUUAGUCUACACCUGUUUUUUAUGAAGCUGUCCUUACUGUUGGGCAGACAGUAUCGGAGCAUGAGGUCUGAUACCAACAAGCUCAGAGACAGUUUCUAUCUACAAGCCUGUUGAACAAGACUGUUGAACAAGACUGUUGAACACUUGAAAUGGACCGACCACCUGCACUGACUCUCCGCACCUUAGCACACAUGCACACACCCACACAGAUAACACUCAUCCACACACACACACACACACACACACACACACACACACACACACACACACACACACACACACACACACACACACACACACACACACACACACACACACACACUAAUUCUAACCUUAACCCUAAACCCCCCCAGUUGGACUUCUGGUCCCCACAAGUAUAGUUAAACACGUCCACACACACGUCCACACACAUCACAACUGCUGCUACCAGACUCUUAUUAUGAUUGCUAAAUAUUGCACAAUUUAAACACUUGCCCCCAAUCCCCCUUCCCCCAAACACGUGUAAAUAUUUGACUAUAAAUUGUGCCUUCCUGUAUUAUACUUAUGCUAAAAUGUUUAUUCUAUUCUACUGAGCCAUUUACUUUAUGUUUGUAUCCGGGACCACCCAUACACAAAAAAAAAUGUAUGCACGCAUGACUGUAAGUCGCUUUGGAUAAAAGCGUCUGCUAAAUGGCAUAUUAUUUAUUUUAUUUAUUUAUCCUUAUCUUGUAUUAUUUCUUAUUGUUGUUGCAUUGUCGAGAAGGAACCUACAAAUAAGCAUUUAAUUGGACGGUGUAUACAUUUGACAUUUUAGUCAUUUAGCAGACGCUCUUAUCCAGAACGACUUACAGUUAGUGAGUGCAUACAUUUUCAUACUGGCCCCAUACCAUGUGUAUCCCCUACAUACGACACCUUACUUGAAACUAGUUUGAGCAGUUAUAACAGACGUUUGCACGAUUGUAAAAUCAACGAUUGUACAAGCAAGAGUUGGAAUGUACAUUGAUUGUCUUUUUAAAUAAAUCUAUCCAGCAACAAUUCUGUGAAUUUACACCUCACAAAAACAUACAAUUGUCAUCAUGGAAAUCUGCCUGCUUCAUGUUUUGUUUCUUGCCAUGAUAGUUUGAGUGUUGUGAUACUGUUGUACCUCUCCACAAAUGUUCUGCAUUUGGAUAAGACUGCACAGAAGAUAGUUCAUUUAUUUAUUCAUACAUCUAUUCAAUAUCACACAUGGCAAUGGUCGAUAGAUAUGUAAAAUAAGACAUUAUUUAACAAAACCAGGUACCAACUCCUGUAAAACACUUAGAACAUCCUUAGGUUAUGUUAUUAAAAUGUUUUGUUGUUUUGACACAUAAUAACAAUUACCAACAUAUAGCCACUCACUUGAGUGUGAUAAUACUCCAAAAACAUUCAAAGUUCUCCGAUACUGUAAGUGUUACAGCCCUGUAACACUUACAUCCCUUUCUCGCCCCUCUUCUCUUGUUUAGGGACACCAUCAUAGUGUGCAUAGUUAACAGUGCCACCAGUAUAUUCGCUGGGUUUGUCAUCUUCUCCGUCAUUGGAUUCAUGGCCCAUGAACUGAAGGUGCCCAUUGAGAAGGUGGCAGAUGAAGGUAAAUUACACAUUCAUAUAGGAUCAUAUAGGGAUCAUGAAGCAUCCAGACCUGGGUUCAAAUGGUUGAAAAAUCAAAAUACAGAUAGAGUAUUUGAAAUGAUUUGACACCCAGGUCUGGUAGGAUCAGAUAGUGUAUGACCAUAGACAGAUAGAAAGAUAUCUACAGAGAUAGAGAGUGGCUUGGCCAAUUCUGAAGUUGAGUAGUACUGUUCGAUAUGCACACAACCCAAGUCAGAGCAGAUAGUUUGCUUUUGUUCAGUAUUCAUUGGCAUUUUUGGCUCUGAUUAUCAAUCUGAUUUAACACUCUCAGGUCCAGGCAUAGCGUUCGUGGUGUACCCGGAGGCACUGACCAGACUUCCACUCUCUCCGUUCUGGGCCAUCAUCUUCUUCCUCAUGCUGCUGACCCUCGGCCUGGAUACCAUGGUAACCAACCCUCACUGUGUGUGUGUCUGUGUGUGUAGGGCCCUAUAAAAUAUGUUGUAUUUUUUUGUCUAAUUCCGUUUAGUUUUUUUCCCCAAAUUACGUUUUCUCUGUUUUGUUUUUGAAGGUUUGUUUUUCCCCCGUUUUUUUUCAGGUUUCCGCUCUCAAAAUCACACUUUAUUCAUAGAAAAACAACAUAAUUUGAAUUUUUUUAUCAACAAGAAUGCUUCAACCACAUCAGGCGACCACUUUGAAGGUCUGGAAUAAAUCUGAGAGAUUUUCAUUUUUGGGUGUAGAUACAAGUGUGCAAAGCAAGAGGCUUGAUUGGUUAGCAGUGUUUCUGUAGCACACGUGAUUGCAGAGUUUGCUAAACAAAUCGCCACUGGAUUGAUACAAAUAAUCAUGAUAUCAUUCUGCCAGGUAGGCAUAGGCUACUUUGUAGUUAACAUUGAAUUGAGAAGGUUUUUGGGAAAGCCUUUCCAUCUACCCAGAAGAUGGUUAUCAUUAUUAGCAUUAUCGCUAACGGCUACACAAAGUGUUAGAUAAACGCACACACACAGAUAGGGGCAAUAGAGCUAGGUAGGGGACUGCCCCACCUCUACAAUGGUAGGGGAAACAUGGUACUGUAGGUGGGUGUGUGUGUGGCAACAAAAUUGAUUCCAUGUUUCAUACAUGUUGGUUAUGGGGGGUGGAGGAGGUGAGGUAACUGCUCUGAAGUGUGAAACUUGCUGUGAAAUGGUGACAAACAAUUUACGUAUGUGCUAUAUUUAAAUGCCAUCUGAAUCCAAUCCAUUAUUAUUUGAAUAUAUGUAGCCCACUGUGA